AUGAGUAAAUUCUCGCUCAAAGGUCGUGUUGCUAUCAUCACCGGCGGAGGCCGUGGUUGCGGCUUGGCCUUUGCCCAAGGACUGGCUGAAGCUGGCGCUGACAUUGCCGUCUUCGACGUGAUUGAGCCCGUCGCUGGAUACGAGACACUGGCCGCCGACCACGGCGUCAAGACAAAAUCCUACAUUGUCGACGUGACGUCGGCGGAGAGCCUGGCCAAGGGCUUUGCCGACGUCAAGGCCGACUUUGGCGGCAAGCUCGACAUUGUCGUGGCCUGCGCGGGCGUCAACCGCAACGUCGAGUUCCUCGACACCACGAGCGAGGGGUACGACCGCCUGUUUGCCGUCAACAGCAAGGGCGUCUACUUCACGGCGCAGCACGGCGCCAAGGCCAUGAUUGAGAACGGCACCAAGCACGGCAGCAUCAUCCUCGUCGCCAGUAUCGCGAGCCACAUGGCCAUCCGGUCCCAGCGGUCGUCGGCCUACUGCGGCACCAAGGGCUCCGUCCGCGCCAUGGUUGCGCCCAUUGCGGCCGAGCUCAACAAGUACGGCAUCCGCGUCAAUAGCAUCAGCCCUGGCUACGUCCGCACCGAGAUGACGGCGCCGUUCCCGCAUUUGUUGGAGAGCUGGAAAGACGAGAUCAUGAAUGGCAGGGUAGCGGAGCCUGACGACAUCAAGGGAGCAUGUGUAUUCUUGGCUAGUGAUGCCAGCAGCUACUGCACGGGAACCGACUUUUUGGUAGAUGGUGGCGUAACAAAGUGGUAG